AUGAAUAGCACAGAAUUCUCGGAGCCUCCAACGCAUUUAUUCAGUGACUACGUCGAGAUGGCUUAUCUAGCAAUACUCGUAAUUCUUGGCAUACCACUCAACGUGUUCAUACUUCUGAAACUAAUCAAGGAUAUGAAAUAUACCCAAAAAGAUUCAGUGAAGGCUGGAUUUCUGCUGCUCAAGGUACAUUUGAAUGUGUCCGAUAUUUUAAUGCUAUGCAUAGCUUGUGGUAAACUGCUCUGGUUAACUACGUACUAUUGGCCUGGUGGUGAUAUAUCAUGCCGUGUAUAUUUCUUCCUUUCGAUGGCAGCUCUUUGCAUAUCAUCAAAUAUUGUCGUUUGCAUAGCACUGGAUCGUCUCAGGAAUGUACUCUAUGCUGAUCAAUUACAUACAGGUUAUAAAAAGGUAUGAAU